UUUUAUUUUAUUUUUUCUUAGCAGACGUGGUCCUCAUUUUAACUCCGUCUUUCCAUCCCAAAAUGCCCGCUUUUCAUCGGACCUUAGCAAAUCGGCGAUAUCAACUAUCAUCUAGCUUAGCGCCUCAUUACCUACGGAACAGCACACGGAACAUUCGUUAUAUAGGUACUGGUAGCACAACAUCUCAUAUCGCACAACCCCUGGGUACCUUCAACUCCAGAUUCGUCCAUAUGCAGCACAGCGCAUCUCGUAACGACUCAUCUUAAUUCGAGAAACUACGCAUAACACUACCAGCCCCUCACUUCAUGUCGCGCAGCAACACAAAGGCGCCUCGCUGCGUUGGCAGCCCGUCCUUUGCUCCAGAUGAAGUGAUCCAAGAUGGCCCGCGACUCAAACAGGCGCAAGAGCUACUUGCAGCAAAUGAUCUGUACAACGCCAGCCGUGUCCUGCUUAGCCUUCCUGAGAGAGAUACAUUCACGUAUCAUGCCAUGACAAGCGUCAAGCUAGCCGAGGUCCAGCACGUUGUCGGGCUGGGCGGCAUCAAUGGCCUGCACGCCUGGUAUCGUGGUGAAGAUGGCACGCCAAGAGACCCUCCACCCCUGCCGGAUAUCGAGGCAUACAUCUCUAUAUUCAGCCCCUCAACUGCCACAGCGUCAGCCCUGAAAAACUUUGAGACCAAUGCGAAAAAGACGUCUAUCCGCUCCGAGGUUGCGAGCCAUAUCGCAGGAAAGCGGUUCAUCCACCCGGCUCUGGCCACUCAACUAACCAUCCCCAAAUCAAAGAAGCCGCCGAGUGACAAUCCGUACUUUGACUUUUGGGCCUGGUCGUGCCGGAACCUGGAGUGGUGCGGGCCGUGCGCUUCAUCGGAGAGAGUAGCAACGAGUCACCAUGUGCUCCCUAUUUUCAUGCACCACUUUGGUUGUGCGACGCCAUCGCACGAGAGCUUGGAGGUGUUGAGGAUCCUGGCAGACGGCCGAGCCAUUGCGGAUAUGGGCUCGGGUAAUGGGUACUGGACGUUUCUGCUGAGGCGGUAUGGGCUGACCGUCUAUCCGGUGGACAAUAUGCAGAGCGAGUGGAGAGUCAACUGGAUCGACGAUACGGCCAUUAUAGAUGGCGUGAAAUGGCUACGGAAGAAUGAAAAUGGCAAAGACAUGGUCCUCCUGCUGGUCUAUCCCGUCGUCGGAGGGGGCGUCGGAGGAGGCGCCGAGGGCAGCUUUACCAGAGGCCUCGUCAGUGCCUUCCAAGGAGACACCAUUGCGGUUGUUGGAACACAGAACAUGAACGGUUAUACAGGAUUCAAGGGCAUGACGAUGGAUACUUUUAUGGAGCAGGAGCACAAGGAGUGGACAAAGGUGGUACAGAUUCCACUGCCGAGCUUUGCUGGCAAGGACGAGGCGCUGUAUGUCUUCCAGAGAGGAGAGAGAGCGCCCACCGCAUCGAGCUCAAACUGAAGUGACGUAUCAAUGGAUGCAAGGAGUAUGCUUUGGGGGUCGAAAACUUGGGUAUGGGAUACAAAAUGAAAGGAGGUAUGAAGUGAAGUAAAAUGGAAUAUGGUUAAUGUAUGGACUUGUAUGAUAUCAAGACUUAUAAUGGAAGAAUAGGGACAGCUGGCGGCUCCGAGCGCUAUUUCGCAUCCUUCUUAGCCUAAUAGCUGCUGUUAAUCUCAAAUAUAGGUGUGUAGGCUCUAUCAAAGAAAGCUAAGAUAAGUUGGCAG